AUGCUGAAUCAUCUACGCCAGGAGAUGGGUCACAUGAACAAAUCGGGAAGUCCAUUCAUUUGCAUCAUCUGCCAGGGCCGAUUGUUCAAUACGCCCCGAGAGCUCCAGCUGCAUCUGGUCUCGACCCACGGAGCCGAAUCGGGUCCAUCAAGAUGCGCCCUCUGUAAUGUCGACAUCAAGCCAAAGCGUCAAGCCGACGACGAUCGUCGCCUGCUGCGCGUCGCCUACGAACGUCAUGUGUUCGAGGAGCAUCUACCAGAGAUGGAGUUGUUUGCGCGUCUUCUCUACGCAGGACCCUACUUUCUGCCGCGCACUCUCGUACAGGCGGCGCCCUUGGACGACUCGAUUCAACGAGCUUUUCGCUGCAUAUUCGAGCACCGCAUGACGGCUGGCCAGGGCAGCCGAUAUCCGUUUUACCACUGGCUGAUGGCCAUGGAGCGAGAUGACAUGCCGAAGCGAGGCAACGGGUUGCGUGAUUGUCAUAUCAGCUCUACACCAGGUGGGUCUUCCCCGCAUCAGUUUUUGGAGGACGCACACACGCACACAUACGUAUAUAUGUAUGUAUAUAGAUAUAGAUAUGUAGAUAUAGAGGGAUACUCACGCAGUCAGAACAAUGAGGUGUUACUAUGCAUUGUGGCGAUUUCAUGA